UCGCCCAUCACCGUGAAGGACACAAACACAGGUAGAGGUAGGGUUAGGAAGGACGCGGCGGCGGCGCAGCGAGACCGCGAGAGGUUAGAGGCAGCGGAGGGGGAUCGGCGAUGACGGGGAAGGCGAAGCCGAAGAAGCACACGGCGAAGGAGAUCGCCGCGAAGAUCGACGCGGCGACGACGAACCGGGGCGGCGGCAAGGCGGGGCUGGCGGACCGUCUGGGGCAGGACAAGGGCGGCCAUGCGAAGCUGGCGUGCCCGCUCUGCCGCACCUCCGCGCCCGACAUCAAGUCCAUGCAGAUCCACCACGAGGCGCGCCACCCCAAGCUCCCCUUCGAGCCGGAGAAGCUCCUCAACCUCCACUCCUCCACCUCCGGUGCCGCCGCCCCCGCGGCCGUGGAGGCCACCACCUCCAACUCCAAGCCCAAGCCCGGUAUCCGCGGCAGCCUCAAGAAGUAGCUACUUGGGGUAACUCCCUUAAUUUCAUCCGAUCCGUGAUCUAUCCGUCCAAUCUAACUCCUACUGCCGCCGCCGCCCCGUCGGCAUGCGGUGUACUACUAGUCUGCUGCUGCUGUUGCUGGUCGUGGUUUACAUUACUUCUGCUACAUGUGUUGUGUGAUAGACGUGUUAUUUAUGUGUUGCUGCGCUGUGAUGCCGGCGAUGGUUGCUAGUACUGUUGAUGUUGAUCGAAGCUCCUCAAACUAUGGCAGAAAUCUGUUGCUUGUUCACUUUGUUUUAGUGGCAAUUAAUAAAGUUUGUGAAUUGGGGCUUC